UCCGUGCCUGCCCCUGCCGCUCCGCUCCGCCCCGCGCUGGGCUGUGAGUGGGGCAUGGCGCCGGCUUUCGCGUGAGGAGCCAGGCCGCAAAGGGGGAGACGGGGCGCUGUCGCCCUCCCUCCUGCGCUGCCAUGGAGGAGGAUCCGGAGCUGGAGAGGAAGGCUGUGGAAGAGCUACUUAAAGAGGCAAAACGUGGGAGAACCAGAGCUGAAACAAUGGGAGCUAUGGGUUGGUUGAAAUGUCCUCUUGCUGGUACAAACAAAAGAUUUCUUAUUAAUACCAUCAAAAACACGUUACCGUCUCAAAAAGAACAAGAGCAAGAACGUGAGCAAAAGGAAGACAGUAAGGAGCCUGAGCCAAACAAAAGCAGGACAGAAGAAAAACCAAAGAAACGCAGAAUUCACCCAUACACACCCAGCUUUCAGUCCAGAAGGAGAGUCAGCUACUCUCCUCCGAGACAUCGAAACAGGAGCCAGCACACAAAGGAUAAGCAUGAAAAGCGAUCAAGCAAACGAUGAGGAGAGUGGUGAAUAUGUGUUGUUACAAGCCAGGAAUGUCAUUAAGUGUUGGACUGCAGCAAUGUCCCUGAUUUUCAGGAAAAGAUGUUCAAAAUUGAGUUUUGAACAGAGUUGCUUGUGUGAGAAAUAACCUUGAGGUAGCUUUAGAAAAUAUUUCUUUGAGACCUUUAAGAGAAAAGCAAAGUGCAGCAUAAAUCUUUCAGUCGUUUUAGAAGAGACAUUCCUUUCCCUUUGCUCCAUUCCUCCCUCCCCUUCUGACCUGAGCUUAGGGUCUUGGUGAUGGAGCACGAUACCUGUGUUACUGCCCCAUACAACCCAUUUAGUCAUGUCACACUUUUGGAACUAGAUUUAAAUUAAGCAGAAAUCUAUUUAUUGUGUAAAGUUGGCAGAACUUCUUUGCUGCUAACUAAUAAAGAAGUUUUGCAUUUUUGAGUUUGUUUAGUUUUACAGAGUCUAGAAGAAGGAAAAGCUGGUCAGUGCCUGGCCAAGCACAUGCAUUUUGUAUAGAAUAUAAGAGUUUGCCUUCUUUAGUAUGAAAAGAAUAAAUUUUAAAUGGAAAACACUGGUUUUACUUUCCAGGAAGAAAUACCAGGAAAUACUAAUAGUGCUUGUUGUUGUAUAUUCACAAACCUGACAUAGAUAAUAAUAAACAUUAGCCCUGAAAAGCCAUAACUGCAAUAAUUGUCUGUGUAGACUUCCCUCUGUAAGGGCGUAGCUUGAACAGUCUGUUGUCAUGGUGCUUUCAAAAUGAACUUUGAAGGCAAAAUUACUGUGUUCUCUGUCCACUGCUAGAAGGUUUCCAAGUAAAUGUGUAGUCCUAGAAAUGCAGAGGUGACGCUUAAAACCAGUCAAAUGCUCACUUUCCAGGUCUGUGUGACAAUGCUGUAGCAGUACAGUUGUUGAACUCGUGACUGGAGCACUCCUAAUACAUGUCUGCAUAUUCUGCAUCUCACUUCUGUUUGUGUUACAGUAACAAGCUUCUGUGUGAAACACUUUGUAUUUCAGCAUUCUCAGAAAUAAUUGGUUUAACAUAGGUUUCCGUCUUUAAGUGUAUUGACAAUAAAAUAAAAUAAAAAAACGUUCAUUAAAA